UAAGUUAAUAUCGGAAAGUACAUUAUCAUAAUAAAUAAAAUAAUUAAAUUCCUCGAUACGGAUUGAUAAUAUUCGACAAAAUUGCUCAUCAUUAUACCUAACCAUGCAUAAUGUCACUGAUCGGAAAAAGGGUGACAAGUUACAAGUUGUACCAUUAGAAGAAAUGUUUGCAGCAUAUUGCAAUAUGGAUCCUAUAUCUCGCCGCAUGAAUGUCUUGCUCAUUCCUCUUUCACAAAGUAACAAGUGGUUGAUAUCUGCACGUAUAUUAGAUAUGGAUAAAUUAACCACUACAAAUACAGGCCUCGCUUUUUUCAAAUUUCGUAAACGGGCACUGUCGUACGAAGAAUAUUUAACUUACUUGAAGGAUUUGGCUAUGUUAUAUAAUUUAAAUUUUGAAGAUAUGAAAUAUCGAUUGCAAAUAUCUGGCAAGCCUUCAAACAUGCAUGAUACAAAAACAAUGUAAGAUAUUUGAAUAUUUCAUAUUCAAAAUUUAACUAAUUAAAACAAAAGAUACAGUUUUC